AACCUCGCUAGAACGGCAACCGGCGGGAGUUUUUCAAAAUGGGAGGGCGGAGGCGCCGCCCAGGCCUCGGAAGGUGCCCGGGAGACCUUUCGGUGGCUGUGGUGUCGUCGCCGGGAGCGGCGGCCUAGAGAGCCGAGCCUGAUGGACGCCAAGACACGCUGCCUACUUGGAGCGCUGCCUCGAAAGGACUGCGUGAAGGGAGUUAAUCCGGGGAGCACGGACCGCGGCCUGGAAAUAUGGCGACCUGCAUCGGGGAGAAGAUCGAGGAUUUUAAAGUUGGAAAUCUGCUUGGUAAAGGAUCAUUUGCUGGUGUCUAUAGAGCUGAGUCCAUUCACACUGGUUUGGAAGUUGCAAUCAAAAUGAUAGAUAAGAAAGCCAUGUACAAAGCUGGAAUGGUACAGAGAGUCCAAAAUGAGGUGAAAAUACAUUGCCAAUUGAAACAUCCUUCUAUCUUGGAGCUGUAUAACUAUUUUGAAGAUAACAAUUAUGUGUACCUAGUAUUAGAAAUGUGCCAUAAUGGAGAAAUGAACAGGUAUCUAAAAAACAGAAGAAAACCAUUCUCAGAAAAUGAAGCUCGACACUUCAUGCACCAGAUCAUCACAGGAAUGCUGUAUCUCCAUUCUCAUGGUAUAUUACACCGGGACCUCACACUUUCUAACCUCUUACUUACGCGUAAUAUGAACAUCAAGAUCGCUGAUUUUGGGCUGGCCACUCAAUUGAAAAUGCCACACGAAAAGCACUAUACUUUAUGUGGAACUCCUAAUUACAUUUCCCCAGAAAUUGCAACUCGAAGUGCACAUGGACUUGAAUCUGAUAUUUGGUCCUUGGGCUGUAUGUUUUAUACGUUACUUAUUGGAAGACCACCUUUUGACACUGACACCAUCAAGAACACGUUAAAUAAAGUUGUAUUGGCAGAUUAUGAAAUGCCAACUUUUUUGUCAAGAGAAGCCAAGGACCUUAUUCACCAAUUACUUCGUAGAAAUCCAGCAGAUCGUUUAAGUCUGUCUUCAGUAUUAGACCAUCCUUUUAUGUCCCGAAAUUCUUCAACAAAAAGUAAAGAUUUAGGAAAUGUAGAAGACUCGAUUGAUAGUGGACAUGCCACAAUUUCUACUGCAAUUACGGCUUCUUCCAGUACCAGUAUGAGUGGUAGUUUAUUUGACAGAAGAAGACUUUUGAUUGACCAGCCACUCCCAAAUAAAAUGACUAUAUUUCCAAAGAAUAAAAAUUCAAGUGAUUUUUCUUCUUCAGGAGAUGGAAGCAGCCUUUAUACUCAGUGGGGAAAUCAAGAACAAGAAACCAGUAAUAGUGGAAGGGGAAGAGCAAUCCAAGAGGCAGAAGAAAGGCCACAUUCUCGAUACCUUCGUAGAGCCCAUUCCUCUGAUAGAUCUGGCAUCUCUAAUAGUCAGUCGCGAGCGAAAACGUAUACAAUGGAACGAUGUUACUCAGCAGAAAUGCUUUCAAAAUCCAAAAGAUCAGGAAUAGAUGAAAAUGAAGAAAGAUACUCAUCCACAAACAGCAAUGCUAAUAUUCUUCACUUCUUUAAAGAAAAGACAUCCAAUAGUUCUGGAUCUUUUGAAAGACCUGAUAACAAUCAAGCACUCUCCAAUCAUCUUUGUCCAAAAAAUGGAAAAACUCCUUUUCCAUUUCCAGACCAGACAGCUCAGACUGAAAUGGUGCAACAGUGGUUUGGGAAUCUGCAAAUAAAUGAUCCUUCUUCUGAACAAAGCAAGACGAGGGGUGUGGAGCCACCAUUGGGUUAUCAGAAACAUACAUUACGAAGCAUUACAUCUCCUUUGACUGCUUACAGGUUAAAACCAAUCAGACAGAAAACGAAGAAGGCUGUGGUGAGCAUACUUGAUUCAGAGGAGGUAUGUGUGGAGCUUCUAAAGGAGUAUGCGUCUCAAGAAUAUGUGAAAGAAGUUCUUCAGAUAUCUAGUGAUGGAAAUAUGAUCACUAUUUAUUAUCCAAAUGAUGGAAGAGGUUUUCCUCUUGCAGAUAGACCGCCCUCACCUACUGACAACAUCAGUAGGUACAGUUUUGACAAUUUACCAGAAAAGUACUGGCGAAAAUAUCAAUAUGCUUCCAGAUUUGUGCAGCUUGUAAGAUCUAAGUCUCCCAAAAUCACUUAUUUUACAAGAUAUGCUAAAUGUGUUUUGAUGGAGAAUUCCCCUGGUGCUGAUUUUGAGGUUUGGUUUUAUGAUGGAGCAAAGAUACACAAAACAGAAGAUUUAAUUCAGGUGAUCGAAAAGACUGGCAAAUCUUACACCUUAAAAGGUGAAAGUGAAGUUAAUAGCUUGAAAGGGGAAAUAAAAAUGUAUAUGAACCAUGCUAAUGAGGGCCACCGUAUUUGUUUAGCACUGGAAUCCAUAAUUUCAGAAGAGGAAAAGAAAAGUGGAAGUGCUCCCUUUUUCCCAAUAAUUGUAGGAAGAAAACCUAGUAGUACUAGUUCACCUAAAGCCUUAACACCUCCUCCUUCUGUGGAUCCAGACUAUCCAAUGAGAGAGACACCGUCUCUGAAUAGAAUGAUCAUAAAUAGUGCAGCUUCUCCAAAACAGGCACCAAUACUUAAUCCUUCUAUGGUUACAAAUGAAGGACUUGGCCUUGCAGGUGCAGCUUCUGGAACUAACAGCUCUCCUAGUAGUCUAAAAGAUUGUCUCCCUAAAUCAGCACAACUUUUCAAGUCUGUUUUUGUGAAAAAUGUUGGUUGGGCUACACAGUUAACUAGUGGAGCUGUGUGGGUUCAGUUUAAUGAUGGGUCCCAGUUGGUCGUGCAAGCAGGAGUGUCUUCUAUUAGUUAUACAUCUCCAGAUGGUCAAACAACUAGGUAUGGAGAAAAUGAAAAAUUACCAGAAUACAUCAGACAGAAAUUACAGUGUCUUUCUUCCAUCCUUUUGAUGUUUUCUAAUCCAACCCCUGGUCUUCAUUGAUUAAAGCUCCUUUUAUAUAUGUAUAUGUUUAAUAAAUAACGUUUUUGUUGGCUUUCAAGUAAAGUGACUUUUUUCAUUUUAAAAAACUUCUUCAGAAAGCCUGUCUAUAAAAGAGAUUUUAAUGUAUACCAUAACAGAUGUAUUCUAAUGAGAGAACAAAGCAGAAUGAAACUUGAGUCACUUACAAAAUAUGGUCGUAGACUAAAAGAGGACACCUAACUUUGCUCUUACAACAUAUACUCCUAAAAUUACUGUGUUCACAUAUUUGUAUUGAACAGUCUUUUAAAGCAAAAAUAUAAAUGGUGUGUGGUAUAUUUGUGCUCUUAUUUUUUUCCCUACUUCUUAGACAUGUUAAGAAUCAUGGAUAAAACAUGCUGGAGUUUCUGAAUUUUGAACAUGUAAAUAAUGUGUAUUUAUGUUACAAGUAACAUAUGUAAACAUGUACAUUUGUUUUAUAUUUAUUUUUGUAGCACUAGUUUGUGAUGAAACAUUUCUGAAAAUGCAUUUUAUUAAAAAAUAAUAAAUA